CACAGGGCCCGUGCUUCCGAGGGGCUGCGGGGUCGGGAGACCGGGGACACCCAGGGGUGUGGCGGCGGCGGAGCCGAGCCCGUCCGAGCCGGCACCUUCGGGCGUCCCUGUCCCACGUGACCGUCGCCUCCUCCCUCCCCCCUAGUCGCGCGCACGGGCCGGGCGUCUCGACUCCAGCGCGCGCUCGACUGGUCCCAGUCCCCGGGAGGAGAAGCGGAGGAGGGAGCGAGCGAGCGAAGCGGCCCGGGGGAGCGGGAGCGAGCGGCGGCUGCCGGGGCCGCCUGUGCACCGCGGCGAGGGUGGCGGUGGCCUGAGCAGCGCGAGUGUGAUGAGGCUGCCCUGCCUCGCUGCUCCGCUUGCCGCCAGCUGACAGCGCCUGCCCGCAGCACGCCCGGAGGGGAGCCGCGGGGCCGUGACCUUGGCCGAGGAGGGCGGACUGAUCAUCCUCACAAAGGAGGGACCAAGUUCUGGGUGAAAUGGCUCAGGGGAAUAAUUAUGGACAGACCAGCAACGGGGUGGCAGAUGAAUCACCGAACAUGCUGGUAUACAGAAAGAUGGAAGAUGUCAUAGCACGCAUGCAAGAUGAAAAAAAUGGAAUUCCCAUCCGCACUGUCAAAAGCUUCCUUUCCAAGAUACCUAGUGUCUUCUCUGGGUCAGACAUUGUUCAGUGGUUAAUAAAGAACUUAACUAUAGAAGAUCCAGUGGAGGCUCUCCAUUUGGGAACGCUAAUGGCUGCCCACGGCUACUUCUUUCCCAUCUCAGAUCACGUCCUCACACUCAAGGAUGAUGGCACCUUCUACCGCUUUCAAACACCCUAUUUUUGGCCAUCAAAUUGUUGGGAGCCAGAAAAUACAGACUAUGCUGUUUACCUCUGCAAGAGAACAAUGCAAAACAAAGCAAGGCUAGAGCUAGCUGAUUAUGAAGCCGAGAGCCUUGCCAGGCUGCAGAGAGCAUUUGCCCGGAAGUGGGAGUUCAUUUUCAUGCAGGCAGAAGCACAAGCAAAAGUGGAUAAGAAGAGAGACAAAAUCGAAAGGAAAAUUCUCGAUAGUCAAGAGAGAGCAUUCUGGGACGUCCACAGGCCUGUGCCUGGAUGUGUAAAUACCACAGAAGUGGACAUUAAGAAGUCAUCCCGAAUGAGAAACCCACACAAAACACGCAAGUCAGUCUAUGGUUUACAAAAUGACAUCCGAAGCCACAGUCCUACCCACACACCUACACCAGAAACCAAGCCUCCUACAGAAGAUGAGCUGCACCAACAGAUAAAAUACUGGCAAAUACAGUUAGAUAGACAUCGAUUAAAAAUGUCAAAAGUUGCUGAUAGUCUACUAAGUUAUACAGAACAGUAUGUAGAAUAUGACCCGUUUCUUGUGCCACCUGACCCUUCCAACCCUUGGCUCUCAGAUGAUACUACCUUCUGGGAACUUGAAGCAAGCAAAGAACCAAGUCAACAGAGAGUAAAACGAUGGGGUUUUGGCAUGGAUGAGGCAUUGAAAGACCCAGUUGGAAGAGAGCAGUUCCUUAAGUUUCUAGAAUCAGAAUUCAGCUCAGAGAACUUAAGGUUCUGGCUGGCAGUGGAGGACCUGAAGAAAAGGCCUAUCCGAGAAGUACCCUCUCGGGUGCAGGAAAUAUGGCAGGAAUUUCUGGCUCCUGGGGCCCCCAGUGCCAUUAACUUGGAUUCCAAGAGCUACGACAAGACCACACAGAGCGUGAAGGAACCAGGAAGAUACACAUUUGAAGAUGCUCAGGAGCACAUUUACAAACUGAUGAAGAGUGACUCCUAUCCCCGCUUUAUAAGAUCUAGUGCCUACCAGGAACUUCUACAGGCAAAGCGAAAGGGCAGAAACAUCCCUAUUUUCCCAUGCCAUAAAAACUGUACACCAACACUGAGGGCCAGCACUAACCUGUUAUGAAAAGAGGGGAAAUCUCUCACAUCCAAGAGGUUAACAAGCCUUGUUCAGUCUUACUAAAAGGAUCGUCUUGGUGACACGAAAGCUGAACGGAGCCAUCGCCCAUACUUUGUAGCCCAUUGCUGUUACCUGGAGCCGAGGACAUUAGACCGAGAUGUUGCAUGAACGAAGGACCUGAAUUGUUCUCUCCUGUGCGCACACUAAGGCAUCGCCACCACCAAGGGACUCUUCGCCACCCCAUUGCCUCCAUCUCCACCUGUCGUCUGCUUCCCUUGCCCCCCUUAUUAAGCUGGAUCUGUGUCUUUUUCCUUUUUAACCAGUUCAAGUGAAGUAAACUUUAUUUUCCCCCCUCCUCUCCUUUUCUUAAGCUUCCGCUAGAUACGCAGUUCACUGAGAAUUCAGUCAGUCACAAACUGGAAGAAUUGUAAAAGAAAAAAAAAGUAUAUAUCAAUAAGUAUACACAUGGCUUCACAUUUAUUAAAUAACAAAUUAGCACAGAAGGUGUCCUUCCACCCUUGUAUCCACCGUCUGUAACAAACGCCCGUCUUUGUCUGUUCUCUGGACAUUGUCUGUUCAUGUUUCCUGCGUUUAUUUUUAUACCAUAUUUAAAUGAGAAAACACCUUUUACUCCAAAUGUAUCAAAGUUGACCUCUUCUCUGUAAAUUUGUGUAUGUUUAUAUUGUUGUUUUAACUUUCAUUAAAAGAUGCAGAAU